UGAUCCCAUGCACCCAAUCGCGGGAAUCUCCUGGGAAGCCGUUUCUGUCUUCUUCCUCAGGCUCUCUCCCUUUUAAAUGCUCAAUCUUUUCAGCAAUUUCUAACCUUUUUAUUAAUCUUAUUAAACCCCCACUUUUUUUUCAUUGAUAAAAAGCCUUCCUUCCUUUCCAAACACCUCCUUAAUUUCCCACCUCCACUAAUUCUCUUCUCUUCAAAACAACAUCUUUUUUCUGAUUUUUCUCAAUCACCAGAAACCGCCUUAGUCCGUCACUUUUUUUGGACUCCAAAAGAACCUCACUGAUCCGGCCAUGUCCGCAGCCACCUUGCUUCUCCCGUCCACCAGAAUUGGUCGCCAAGACCAUCACCACCACUUUGUUGUAUCAUCAUUUCCUCCCGCGGCUUAUAGGCCGUUUCAUAGUGCUGUAACGCCCGUUCUUGUAGGUACACGGCGGCAGGAACCGAGGCUUAAUUGUAACUUUCGUCUUCAGUGUAGCAUCCUAUCCACUCCACUGACAAAAGAGUUAAGCGAAAUAUCGUCACAGAAUGGCAUCCAUGUUUUGGAGUGGCACGAUCAUCAGAUUGUAGAAGAUGCUGGCUCUACUGAAAGUGAAACUCUUAAGAAGGAACUGAGCGUUGAAAGAAGGAUUAAAGAGAGAGUGGAAUGGAUCCGGUCAAUGCUGGAAUCCAUGGAGGAUGGAGAGAUCAGCAUUUCUCCGUACGACACCGCAUGGGUGGCACUAGUGGAAGACAUCAACGGAAGUGGUGGGCCUCAGUUCCCGGCGGCCUUGGAUUGGAUUGCCCAAAAUCAACUUCCCGACGGCUCCUGGAGUGACGGCAAAAUCUUCGAGGCCCACGAUCGUAUUCUCAACACUUUAGGCUGCGUCAUCGCACUAAAACACUGGAACAUUCAUUCUCAUAUGAUCCGAAAAGGGCUAAUGUUUAUAAGAGAAAACAUUCAGAAGCUUGAAGAAGAGAAUGCGGAGCAUAUGCCCAUUGGGUUUGAAGUGGCAUUUCCUUCAUUGAUAGAGAUGGCUAGAAAGUUGAACAUUGAUAUUCCAGAUGAUGCUCCCAUCAUUCAACAGAUUUAUGAUCGAAGAAAUCUAAAGCUAACCCGGAUUCCAAUGGACAUAUUGCACUCAGUGCCAACAACAUUGCUUCAUAGCCUGGAAGGGAUGCCGGGACUUGAUUGGCAAAGACUCAUUUCAUUGAAGUUUAAAGAUGGUUCCUUUUUGUUCUCCCCAUCCUCUACUGCCUACGCUUUUAUGCAGACCAAAGACACUGAUUGCCUCGCAUAUUUAACUAAUAUCGUCAAAAAGUUCAAGGGUGGAGUUCCGAAUGUCUACCCGGUGGACCUAUUUGAACACAUAUGGGCUGUUGAUCGACUGCAAAGGUUGGGUAUUUCUCGGUAUUUCCAUUCGGAAAUCAAGGAUUGCGUCGACUAUGUACAUCGAUACUGGACUGACAAAGGUAUUAGCUGGGCAAGAAAUUCCCGAGUAUAUGACAUUGAUGACACAGCCAUGGGUUUCAGAGUCUUAAGGUUGCAUGGAUACAACGUUUCUGCAGAUGUGUUCGAGAACUUUAAGAAGGGGGAUGAAUUCUUUUGCUUUGCCGGACAGUCAAACCAAGCAGUGACCGGAAUGUUCAACCUGUACAGAGCUUCUCAGGUGAUGUUUCCAAAGGAGAAGAUUCUGGCCAAUGCCAACAAAUUCUCGUCGGAAUUCUUACGUGAUAAACGUGCGAAAAAUGAGCUCCUCGAUAAAUGGAUCAUUACCAAAGAUUUGCCUGGAGAGGUAGGGUAUGCACUAGACUUUCCAUGGUAUGCAAGCCUACCUCGGGUGGAGACAAGGAUGUUCUUGGAGCAAUAUGGGGGCGAAGAUGAUGUUUGGAUUGGCAAGACAUUAUACAGGAUGUCAAACGUAAAUAAUAAUAUUUACCUUGAGCUCGGUAAAUUAGAUUACAACAACUGCCAGGCAUUGCAUCAAUUGGAGUGGGCAAGAAUCCAAAUAUGGUACAGGAAUUCCGGCCUCGGGGAAUUGGGAUUGAGUGAAAGAAGCCUUCUUCUUGGAUUCUAUUUGGCAGCCGCAAGCAUCUUUGAACCGGAAAGGUCUAAAGAGAGAAUCGCUUGGGCCAAAACAACUGCAUUAAUCAAUGCAACCAAAGCAUAUUUCAAAAACCACCAAAUUUCUCCUGAAGACAAGACAACCUUUCUUCAACAAAUGCAACUCUAUGGGAAAAGCCCUACCUAUAUCAAUGGAGGAAGGUACAAGCCAAAACAAAGACUUGUCCGAACACUGCUUGGGACGCUAAAUCAGCUCAAUCUGGAUGCUGUCUUAACGCACGGUGGAGAUAUACUUCACUAUUUACGUCAAGCAUGGGAAAAUUGGUUGCUGGAAUUGCAAAAUGAGGGAAGCGAUCACAUGGGAAAAGAAUCUGAGCUGAUAGUGGGUACACUAAAUCUAUGUGCCGCCCGCUACGAAUCGUUGGAUUUGUUAAUGUCACAUCCUAAAUAUCAACAGCUUUUGGAUAUUACCAAUCGAAUUUGUCUCCAAAUUGGUCAAUUCCAGUUCCAGCACCAAAAGGGUCGAGAAGGGCAUGUCAAUGGAACAGCAACAGCUAAAAUCGGUGGGACCUCAUCAAGCUCUUCGAUAGAUUCCGACAUGCAAGUGUUAGUUGAACUAGUUCUGACCAAUUCUCCAGGCGACCUUGACGCUGAUACAAAGAACACAUUCCUCACAGUGGCAAAGAGCUACUACUACACAGCCCACUGUAACCCACAAACCAUCAAUUCCCACAUUGCGAAAGUACUGUUCGACAGAAUGAUUUGAUAGACUCUCAACAAAGUCAACUCCAACAUUUUACAAUAGUGAUCGAUCCUUUUCUUUCACAUCCCCAAAAAGAGGAAGCAUUCUUAUCAUACUCAAAAGGAAAAUCUCAGUACAUAAUGUACAUAAUCCAAUAGGGGCCAGGGGAGGGGGACAACUUUAGGGGAAGCAAGAAACAUCAUUUUACAGGUUUAGAAUUAUGAUCUGAACUCUUUGAUGUGCAAACUAUGGAUGCCCACUUAAACGGGGAUGAUUUUUUUGUGGAUAAGAAUAAUGAUACGUUUUUUUGUUUUGUUCUUCAAUAUAUAUAGUUGGAUACAUUUCAGAAAGCAUAUUAUGUCGUUCUUUGUUACGCAUUUCGGACCCUAUUGAAAGAAUGAUGUCCCCGUAAUUGUAAUAUUUAGAGGUUGAUAAUGGCAGGCAAGGUCAUGGAAAGAAAAGGUUCACAUCUCGAGUGACAAGCUAAUGUAUACCAGCCAAAUGCCUUAAUAAUGGUG